AUGUCACCGCACGAGGAGCCACAGAGCGUGAACGUAAAAAUAGACAAAGAUGCAGCACAGCCGGGACAGAGCUACGAUAGAUACAAGAAGGCAUUCGAGCUGCUAUCUGUGGAUGAUGUUAACAAGAUUGAGAGUGUGCCGUGUAUGCGCAACGCUCUCCUCUACGGGAUAGGCGGUGGAAUAACAUUCGGUGCUAUUCACUUCAUAUCCACGAGGACAGUUGGAAUUGGACAUUUGCUAGCUCAAUGGUGGUGA